AAAAGAUAUUUAGACAAUUCUAUUAAUAAUUAUGCUUAUCACAUUCUUGGCAAGAAGUGUAUUAUCCCUUGUAAUUCUGCUUUCUUUAGAGAUGCAUUUUUGAAUUUUGUUUAUGUUAGCUGUGUAUUCACAGUACACUGUCAAAUAGCUUCCCCUCCCUCCCCUCCCUCCCUUCCCUCCCCACUUUCUACCUUCAGCUAUCUCAGUUCUACUUUGUCAGUCAGCCAGUAAACAUGGCUAAAUCCACACCAAACAGAAAGGCAAAGUUGAAGAAAAGGCAACAUGCAAAGCAAAUGCAGAAGAGGAAGAUAAAGAGGGCAGAAGAAAAAGCAAGGACAGCUGUUGCAGAAGCUGCCGCUGCUGCUGAAGCUGAAGCUGUCGCUGCUGCUGAAGCUGCCGCUGCUGAUCAAACUGCUCCAACAGGAGUAGAGGUGGUCUUGAGGAAACUGAGACACCUGCCUGUGAGAGAGGCAAGGAUGGUGGACCUGAAAAAAAAGAAAACAAGUUGCUAAGUGUGCAAGCGUACAAGUGUGCUUUGUUUGUCACUGAAUGUGUUCAGAGGUGUUGGAAUAUAUUUUUUAUUAUGGCCUAUUGAUCUUUACUUGGCUUUAUGACGUCUCAAGUUCUGAAAUAAUAAGCUUCCUAACGACCCACAAUGAUAGGUCUUAGUUACAUUUAACUUCAUCCAAUCCUUGCCCAAACCAUAAAACAACCUUAUCAGUAACAAUCGUGUGCACAUUCAAACAUCUUGGAUACCAGAACACAUUUGAAUGUUGCAAGCUGCAUAGCCUCAAACUACAUGU